UAAAUGAGCCUUUGAUAUCAUCGAAAAGUCGAAAAACAGUACAAUUUUACUCCUCUUCUUUGAUAUCAUCGAAAACAUUUCAACUUUUCUCUCUCUCUCUCUCUCUCUCUCUCUCUCUCCACAGGAUGGCUUCUCUUUCGACUUCAAUUGUAUCAGUCAGAAUCCCACAAACCCACUCAUCGUCUGGUUCUUCAUUAAUGCGAGUGGACCAAUCUCUUGGCAGCAGAAACUUGUUUGUCAGCACUACUUGCCAGGGAAAGGCAAAAUCACUGAAGUACAGAAAGACAUUGAUGGUGCAAGCUAGUAGGGAUGGUGGAAGUAGUGCAAGUAUCUUUGUUGGUGGCUUUUUAUUGGGAGGAGUUGUCGUUGGAACAUUGGGUUGUAUAUAUGCGCCUGAGAUCAGUAAGGCACUAGUAGGAGAGGAAAGGAGAGAGUUGAUCAAAAAGCUGCCAAAAUACAUCCAUGAUGUAGAGGAGAAUGCCUUGGAGAUGACCCGGGAAGUACUCGCUGAGAAGAUUGGGCAGCUUAACUCUGCCUUGGAAGAUGUUUCUGCCCUGAUUCUUGGUAAUGAUGCCCCAAAACCAAGGAAACCACAUGAAGCAAUGUACAAGGCUUUGGACGACAAUUUUGCUAUUUGAAGUUUCGGUAACCCAAAAGCUGUUAUAUGUUUGUUGUGUUUUGGACUGGAAUGUUCGAAACAAAUCUUCUCUGUGAACCUGUCCUUUCGUAGAUCAAGUUUCUGGGAUGACGAAAAGAUGAUGCCUCUUUAUUACGUAUGACAUUCUUGUUAACUUGCCUAAGUGAUAUGUUACAUGAACAAUAAGCUUGAGCUGCUGUA